AUGUCUCGAGCGGUCUCGAGGCACAGCUUGCGCAAAUCUCGGAACGUCUGCAGAAGCUGGAAACGCGCCAGUCGAGAGGACAUUCAGUAUCUAAUAACUGGCAUGGCUUUCGUCGAAACAGAAGUAAGAGCCGCAGCAGAACAAGAGGCGGAUACAGGCGCGGACGUGUCCAUUAUACCUGCGACGAGAGAGAAGCAGGCCAAACCCUCCGAAUCGAUAUUGUUCGCGGCUAAUGGAACGAAGAUCCCAACUUUUGGAGAACAGCAGAUGGACUUAGACCUGGGAUUUGGACGCGGAAUGCGCUGGGCAUUCGUGGUUGCCGAUGUUAGCCGAGCGAUAAUAGGCACGGACAUUUUGUCCUACUUUCAUUUGAUUAUCGACGUACGACGUCAGGUACUGAUUGACGGUCAAAGUCAUGUUGAGGUAUGUGCCCAUUCGGAGUAUUCUGAUUUUCCGACGAUCCGUCGAGUGUCGGCUGACGGGCCAUAUAGAAAGCUGCUAGCCGAGUUUCCAGGGUUGCAGCGCGCGUCAGCGACACCGACAGGAAGCGCUCAUAACGUAGAACAUCAUAUUGAAACAACGGGACCACCGCUAACUGUCAAAGCCCGUCGAUUGGCGCCUGAAAAAUUUAAAGCCGCAAAGGAGCAAUUUACGCAGAUGAUUAAGCAGGGCAUCUGCAGACCAUCAAAGAGUCCUUGG